UUUUCUCUUCCAGUAACUUCCAACUCUAAUAGUGGUUGUUUGCUGCUUUUUUAGCAUUAUAUUAAAAUUUAUAUCUGUAUGGUUAAAACAUUAUCAGUGAGAUUUUCUUGGAAAUGGCAAGACUUCCAACUGGAUUUUAUCGAGAAGAAUUAAACAGAACCAUAUGGGAGGUCCCGGAAAGAUAUCGGGAUUUAAAUGCAAUUGGAACAGGAGCCUAUGGUCAAGUUUGCUCCGCAAAAGAUACUAUGACUGGCAUGCAAGUAGCCAUCAAAAAGUUAUCUAGACCAUUCCAAUCAGUUUUGCAUGCAAAAAGAGCGUAUCGUGAAAUACGUUUACUAAAACAUAUGUGUCAUGAAAAUGUAAUAAGUCUCCUUGAUACAUUUACCCCACAACAGACUUUAGAAGAGUUUCAAGAUGUGUAUUUAGUAACAUGUUUGAUGGGUGCAGAUUUGAAUAAUAUCACAAAAGUUCAGACCCUAACUGAUGAACAUGUACAGUUUCUUGUUUACCAACUUCUUAGAGGACUAAAGUACAUUCAUUCAGCUGGAAUCAUACACAGGGAUUUGAAACCAGGGAAUGUAGCUGUAAAUGAAAACUGUGAGCUUAAGAUACUAGAUUUUGGGCUAGCUAGAAUGUCUGAUGAUUCAAUGACUGGUUAUGUUGCAACCAGAUGGUAUCGUGCACCUGAGAUAAUGCUUAAUUGGAUGCAAUAUAACUCACAAGUUGACAUCUGGUCUGUCGGAUGUAUUAUGGCUGAAUUAAUAACUGGUAAAACUUUGUUUCCAGGAGAUGAUCACAUUGAUCAACUCACUAAGAUAAUGCAGUUAGUUGGUAAACCUACAGACGAUUUUUUAGCUAAAAUAUCAAGCGCUAAUGCUCGCUCAUACAUUAAUUCAAUGCCAAAUUACGUGCGGCAGGAUUUCGACAAAGUGUUUCCAACGGCGACAGCGCAAGCUAAAAAUAUUUUGCACCAUAUGCUUUUGCUUGAUCCAGAAAAACGAUUUUCUGCGGAACAGUGUUUACAGCACCCAUAUUUUAGCGUCUAUCACGACCCUGACGACGAACCAACUGCUCCUUUAUUUGAAGAGGGAGCUGAGCUUAAUGAAUGUAGCAUUGAUACCAUAAAAGCACUGAUGUUAAAUGAGAUAAAAAAUUUUGUAUACAAGCCUCCCCCGGAAGAGGUUAUGGAGUAAAUGUUCAUAUAUCAGGUUACGAUGUGUCAUCUUUGUCAAUAUAUCAGUAUAACGUAUCAAUAAUUUGACAGUGUUCUUAUUGCAUUAACCUGCAUAAGUAUGUGUGUGUUUUUCUGUGUAUAUAUAUGUGCAUAUAUGAAUAUAUAUAUAUAUAUAUAUAUAUAUAUAUAUAUAUAUAUAUAUAUAUAUAUAUAUAUAUAUAUAUAUAUAUAUAUAUAUAUAUAUAUAUAUAUAUAUAUAUAUAUAUAUAUAUAUAUAAAGAUAAAAAUAAUCAAAAUAAAUUUAAAUAAAAUCACACAGAACAACAAUAUUGGAUAAAGCCUUUAAGUUACUUUUAUUAACACCUUUCUCUACAAAAAAAAAAAAAAAAAAAAACUACAAAAUUAAUGUGCAUUUAUAUUUAUAGUUUUGCUUUAAUCGUUAAAAAUGUUUAAACGUAUAAAAUUUUAAUCUUUCAUUAACAUAAUUUUUUUAAUCAUGAAUUUUUUGGCCUUUUUUCAUUGGUAAAGCUAUGAUUUUUAUUAGUUUCUGUUUGGUCUGUGUUUUGUACUCAGUCAUAAAUUUUUAUUCCAUCUGUAUUUUGUAUUUAUAAAUUUUUAAAUAAUUUUGGGCUUUGGUCUGUUUUUUACUCUAGAAUACCAUAGAAUAGAAUACCAUAAAAUUUGCAACAAAUGCUGUUCUUUUAUUUUUAUAAGGAUUUUGGUUUUUAAAGAAAAAAUGGACUUCGUAACUUA